CCUCGGCGUCCUGUCUCCUGUUCUGUAGUUACAGGAAGUUCCAGGACAGGUGCGUGGCCACCGCGGCCACGGCGUGCGACUUCUCGGAGCUCUCCAAGUACGGCGACCACACCCUGCGCGUCCGGGCCGAGCUAGGGGACGAGCACUCCGACUGGGUGAACAUCACCUUCUGUCCCAUCGAUGACACUGCUAUCGGACCUCCUGGCGUGCAGGUGGAGGCACUGGCUAAUUCCUUACACAUACUUUUCUUGGCCCCGAGAAUUGAGAAUGAACAUGAGACAUGGACCAUGAAGAACAUUUAUAGCUCCUGGCUUUAUCACAUGCAAUAUUGGAAGAACGGCUCGGACACCAAGUAUCCAGUGACUUGUCAGUAUGACUUCGAGGUCCUCAGGAACCUGGAGCCGUGGACCACCUACUGUGUUCAAGUCCAGGGCUUCCUUCCCGAUCGGAACAAAACCGGGCAGUGGAGCGAGCCGGUCUGCGAGGGAACCGUCGGCGACGGCUGUUCAUCCUUCCACGGUCACAGCAGCUCCCCGACGGGGAGGACGGGCCGCACUCCCAGCGUCACGCAGGGCCCGGCUGUCCCCACACCCGUCCCUCCCACAGUGAACGCCAGCCUCCUGUGCCCCGGGCCAGGUCCUAGCAGGCCGGUGCCUCCGCGGCCGCAUCUGUGCAAUGGGAGGAGUCAGAGGUGCGCAGAGCAGCGAGCCCUGCGUGUAUGCCAGGCCUUGUUGCUGCCCUCAGAUCGCAGUAAAACCACAGCGCCGAGUGUUCCUAACGGGUUACCAGGGGUGGGCAAACUUUUUGACUCGAGGGCCACAAUGGGUUCUUAAACUGGACCGGAGGGCCGGAACAAAAGCAUGG